AUUGUGAAAACAGAAAUGGAAGGAGGUGCGAUAUUGAGGAAGUUCUGGUGCUUGGUGGUGGCUUUGUUUGUAAUUUCAGGCAAGAAUUGGGGAUUAAUUGAAGGGGUUGAUGGGGCUGCCGGCGGUGAGUGUGGGGAGAUGGACCCGGACGUUCUGGUGUACAAGCUAGCAUCGUGUGCGGCGUCGGCGCAGGACAAGAACGUGGCUGUUCCUAACAAGUGCUGUGCUGUGGUGAGCAAGGUACGCGCAAACUGCCUUUGCUCCAUCUUACUUUCGAAAGAAGCCAAGAGCCUUGGAAUCAGGCCUGAUGUUGCAGCCACCAUUCCUAAACGUUGCAAUGUUGCCAGACGUACUAGGGGCUACAAGUGCGGAGCUUUUAUCGUGCCAGCAUGAAGGCAUACAGAAGAUCAUUAGUGAUGCUGCCAGCUAUGGUUCUCAAGUAUACUUGAUUAGUAGAACUCUUAGUGAUACUAUAAUUCAGCUUAAUUACAAUUUUGCUGGCUAUAAACUUGAAGAAACUUAGUAUUCACUAAUAAAAUGUUGUCGUCAAUGCUUUAUAUACUUGAAAAUAAGAAUUCUUACAUUCCAGCC